AAAGUCACAUUUUAGCGCUUGAGUUGGACUCCUUUGAUGGGCGACGAGAUCCCGAGAGGUGCAAUGCUCUUGUAAAUAAGCUCAGAAUUUCUCAGGAUAGGGUUCUUCAUAUCAUAGGUGAAAUGUUAACUAUUGUUUAUCCACGUGAAUCGGACCGAGCUUGCCGAGAUUUUCGCGUUAAGUUCCCAGAUGAAAUUAUACAUGAUAGCCUUCCUGGACAGCUAUGGUUUGGAGCCGAGUGUCUUGCUGCUGGAUCGAGCAUAAUCGACCACGAAUCCGAAUCCGAUGCCAUCCGGCCGCUUGCUAAAGAACUCACUCGUCAUCUCGAUUCGCUGCGUGAUCUGCUUAAGGACCAAUCCCUUCGUGAUCCACUUAUAUAUACAGAUGCAAUAAAGGAAAGCCUCUUGAAAUUCGAUCACUUAUUUGCCGCUUUUGAAUUUCAAUAUGUGUCAGCCAUGGUUCCGGUGAAAUCAGUUAAAGAACAUGAUGCGCAGUUAGACGUUGCCGUCCUCUUUUCGGAUGUUCUAGAGCGUGCAUUGAAACAAAAACUUAUCACCCAAGAACAGAUAGACUCGUUCGAUCCUAUUGUUAUGAUUUGUAUUCCGAGACUUGCCAUCGUUUGGGGGCUUAUAUACUAUCCUGAAGGGGCCCUGAAUGUCGACGGUCCACAAGAGAACAUCUCCGAGAUGUUCCGUCCAUAUUACUCACUCUUGAGCAAAAUCCGCAACCUUCUCCUAGCUCUUACACCUAACGAACUUCUCAAAGUCGAGAAGAUUUUAUGCACUGGAGAAACUCAAGUAACAGACGACAAGGACGCUUUGACAAUGGCUGCUUUCCGCAGCAAUCACGAUUCUCAUGAGCCUCGCACACGCAAACCUCUGGCAAAUCUACAACUCAAACGCUGCCAAAAUGGCGACAACAAUUAUGAGUCCGGAACUAUGGCAGACAAAACGAUCGAAAAAGCUGAUGGUGAUUGUGCAGCAGAGAAGCUAGAAAUUGAUGAAGACUACGAAAGUGGUACACAAGAUGAGGUAGAUGCUGAACCUCUAUGUAGCUCGGAAGAGGAUGAUACCCAAGGGCCAGAGUACAGUUUAGAUGAUACGUGUAUGUCGCCAAACGCGUUUGAGUUGCGCUCAAAAUUCCAGUCUGCUGAUGAUCUCAUCCACAGACUGUUUGUAUGCAUUUCGGGAGUCGCUGAUCAGCUCCAGACAAAUUAUUCCAGUGAAGUACGCAAAGUAUUAAAACUUAUUCUUCAGCCAACUGAAGUUAUUCCCGUUUACGAAGUAGAUUUUUUUUACUUGCCGCGACUGCAAGAAAAAUUUUGCGACUUAUCAUUUGGGAACUCGGUAUUUAAAAUGUCGUUUGAGGUAAAUGGUCAAACUGCCGCAAACGCCGAAAAUGAAGAGGAAACCGGGGUCGAAGUGCAGGAAACUCUCCCUCUGCCUUCCUUCGUUGGCGUGCGCUGGGUGCCUGAUGAGGACUGUGAACAAUGCACUGCAUGUUCUGCUCCUUUCACUGUUGUACGCAGGCGUCAUCAUUGUCGUAAUUGUGGACGAAUCUUCUGUAAUAGAUGCAGCAGGAAUAGCAUUUGCAUUCCAGAGUUAGGAUAUGAUCGCAAGGUUCGUGUGUGCAACUUGUGUUUCCUGCACCGUAUGAACCCUUUCGGUAACUGUGCGCCCGGCACGCAGUCGACGUCUACUGAAGUCCGCACAAACCCUGCUCCUCGAAGCUAG